GCAGCAGAGAGGUAGGAGCUUUCCGAUUCCUUAAGCUGAGACGGAAGACAGAGACCAGCAUGCCCAGACUGCCUCUGCUGCUGCUGCUCCUCUGGGGCGCGGGGUCUCACGGCUUCCCAGCAGCGACUUCAGAAACACAAGAACAAGAUGUGGAGACGGUGCAGAAAUACCUGGAAAACUACUACAAUCUGAACAGUAAUGGGAAGAAAGUUGAAAGGCAGAGAAACGGUGGCCUCAUAACUGAAAAGCUAAAGCAAAUGCAAAAAUUCUUUGGGCUGAGAGUGACUGGGAAACCAGAUGCUGAAACUCUGAAUGUGAUGAAGCAGCCCAGAUGUGGGGUGCCCGAUGUGGCCCAGUUUGUUCUCACCCCAGGAAAUCCUCGUUGGGAGAACACAAACCUGACUUACAGGAUUGAAAAUUACACCCCAGACCUGUCAAGAGCAGCUGUGGACCAAGCCAUUGAGAAAGCCUUUCAGCUCUGGAGAAAUGUCACACCCUUGACCUUCACCAAGGUCUCUGAGGGUCAAGCGGACAUAAUGAUAUCCUUUGUCAGGGGAGAUCAUCGUGACAAUUCUCCUUUUGAUGGACCUGGUGGAAACCUUGCUCAUGCUUUUCAACCAGGUGCAGGUAUCGGAGGAGACGCUCAUUUUGAUGAUGAUGAAAGGUGGACCACCGAUUUCCAAAAUUAUAACUUAUAUCGCGUGGCAGCUCAUGAAUUUGGCCAUUCCCUUGGACUUUCUCAUUCUACUGACAUUGGGGCUCUGAUGUACCCCAGUUACAUCUUCAGUGGUGAUGUUCAGCUUUCUCAGGAUGACAUUGAUGGGAUCCAGGCCAUCUACGGACCUUCCCAAAAUCCCAUUCAACCAACUGGCCCACAAACCCCAGAAGUGUGUGAUAGCAAACUAACUUUUGAUGCUAUAACUACAAUUCGGGGAGAAAUGAUGUUCUUCAAAGACCGGUUCUACAUGCGCACAAAUCCCUUCUACCCAGAAGUGGAGCUCAAUUUCAUUUCUGUUUUCUGGCCACAUCUCCCAAAUGGACUUCAUGCUGCUUAUGAGGUUGCCGACAGGGACGAGGUCCGGUUUUUCAAAGGUAACAAGUACUGGGCUGUUAAGGGGCAGGAUGUGCUCUACGGAUACCCCAGGGACAUCUACAGAUCCUUUGGCUUUCCGAGAACGGUGAAGAGCAUCGAUGCUGCUGUUUCUGAGGAAGAUACUGGGAAAACAUACUUCUUUGUUGCCAACAAAUGCUGGAGGUAUGAUGAAUAUAAACAAUCCAUGGAUGCAGGCUACCCCCAAAUGAUAGCAGAAGAAUUUCCUGGCAUUGGAGACAAAGUUGAUGCUGUUUUCCAGAAAGGUGGAUUUUUCUAUUUCUUCCGUGGAACAAGGCAAUACAAAUUUGAUCCCAAAACUAAGAGAAUUUUGACUCUCCUAAAAGCUAAUAGCUGGUUCAACUGCAGAAAAAAUUGACCAGUGUUUACAAGGUUAAACAGAAAAAUAUGUUUUACAAGUCUAGGGAAGGUGUUUCUUGAAGAGCCAUGAGAUGUGUUAGUCGCUCAG